AUGGCUCGAGUAGCUCCCAGAUGGGCAAAGUGCAACUGCAGCUCAAGUGGCGGUGACUCGGCAGCCUGCAACAAAUGCGGGUCAGGGCAACCAACGGCCAAAAGCCGACGAGGGAAGGAGCAGCUCAACUUUAGCGCAACUAUCCCAACUCUGCAGGUUGGCGGGCCAAGGAGGUUGCUCCAAAGGGUCGAGUUGGUCAGGGGCCCUCAUCCAAAGCCUAAUCUAGUGGCAAACCAGGUGGUAGUGGCCCGAAACAAGAAAAAAGAGAGCGCGGGGAGUGCUGAACUGGGGUGA